AUGUUCAGGACCAAGCACUUCAGGACCAAGCACUACAGGACCAAGCACUUCAGGACCAAGCACUUCAGGACCAAGCACUACAGGACCAAGCACUACAGGACCAAGCACUUCAGGACCAAGCACUACAGGACCAAGCACUACAGGACCAAGCACUACAGGACCAAGCACUUCAGGACCAAGCACUUCAGGACCAAGCACUACAGGACCAAGCACUUCAGGACCAAGCACUACAGGACCAAGCACUUCAGGACCAAGCACUUCAGGACCAAGCACUAA